CCUACUUGGCUUUACGUCUGAACGAGGCAAUUGCAAAUUGCAAUGUGUCAUAGCCCGUCUGCUUUUUUAUUAUAAUCAGUCUGUCCUUGUGCUUCGAAAACUCAUUCCAUUUUCAAAUCAGUAAUAAACAAACGAGCAUCGGGGUCGGACGUGUUCAUGGCAUUUAUUUUCGCUAACUAAUUAAUUAAAUACGAAAACCGAAAGCAUCACAUAAAAUGUUCAUAAAACAAUCGCGUGUGGUCGUGUGUCCAAUGUUUUUGUGAAAUUGAUUUAUUUUUAUUAAAUAGAGAAGCACAAGUUAUGAGCUUAGUUUGUCGUACUUUAUUGAUAAGACCAUAAUGGAGAACGGAAACAGAAAGAAGCUCUAUUUGGUGACGCUGUCAGUGUCCAUGGCAAUGAUGACGCUGGGAGUGUCUUCUGCCUGGCCGACACCAGUGCUGCCGAAGUUCAAGAAUAAUGAGACCAACGUAGAUAUUAAUGCGUAUGAAAUGUCAACGAUGCUAGCUGUGAAUCCCGUGGGUUUUGCAGUGGGUACCCUGGCUACUGGGUACUUGGCAGACAAGUUUGGAAGACGAGCUACUAUCCUGGGAAGUGCUAUACCGAUUGCACUAGGCUCGAUAAUCGUCGUGUUCGCUCUGAAAGCAUGGCUGUUGUGCAUUACGUCAUUCUCAUGGAGCUGUGGAACAGGAAUGGUCAGCACAGUAAGCAAUUAUUACUUAUCAGAAAUAGCUGACAAGGAUGUGAGGGGUACACUUGCAGUUAUUACGGGGUUCAUGUUCAAGUUUGGGACCCUGUUGACCAUGAUUUUGGGUCCCUUCCUAUCUUAUGACACCUUAAACCUGGUCAUGUUGGUCCUACCGUUUUUAUUCUGCGCUAUGUGCUACUGGAUCCCAGAGACGCCAUAUUUUCUAUUGAAAAAUAACAAUCUGGAAGGUGCUCGAUCAUCUCUGCGAAUUUUGAGGGGUUAUAAGGAUGAGAAGGUACUAGAAGACGAACUGCUGGCGUUACAAGCUAAUGUGAAAGAUGAGAUGAGACACUCCACCUCUGUGAAGGAGUUGUUUACUGGGGCACAGUACAGGAGAGCUAUUAUUAUAUCUGUAGGGUUGAAGUUGACACAAAUGAUGACCGGUGCUGUUGUAAUAAGGCAGUACUUGGGCUGGAUCAUUGAAGAAACUAAGUCGGAGAUGAAGACAUCGCUCGCCCUCAUCAUAUAUGGUGCAGUCUCUUUUGGAGUCGGUAUGAUGUCUUCAGUGCUAGUGGACAGAGUUGGUCGUCGGCCAUUACUCAUCUUCUCCUACAUUGGCACCGGAGUUUCUUUGGGAGCCGUCGGCGUUUAUUUCUUCAUGCAAGAAGUCCUUGACGUCUCUACUAGCACCCUAGCCACAGUCAGCUUCAUACCACUCCUCGGUAUAAUCCUAGCCAACGUCAUCUCCACUGUAGGUUUCAAUUCCCUCAUCUACAUUAUACCUGCAGAAAUAUUUCCCAUCAAUAUAAAAGCUAUUGCUAUUACCUGCCUGAACCUCUUUUCUGCAGCGCUAGGUUUCGGUUUAGGCCUCGGGUAUCAGAGAGUCAAAGAUUUAUGUGGCUUAACAACUGUGUUCUGGAUCUUUGCUACCUUCGCGUUUGGUGGGGGCGUGUUCAGUUAUAUAUUUGUUAUGGAAACUAAGAGAAAGGAUCUGAGAGAGAUCCAGGCUGAGUUGCAAGGUGAUAAAUAUAAAGUGGUCCCCCAAAAUGAUAGGUUAGAAAGUAUUAAGAAUAUUGAGGAAGGCGAAGAGGCUACUGAAAUGAAAGAACUUAAAAGUUCAAAAGAUCCAGUGUAAUGCUAGUAACGGUAAAUAUUGAUGUUUAUUAUUUAUGUAUGUGUUCAUGCUUUAAUUCUCUAUAGAGUUGCGUAACUAUAUUCAUUGGGACCUGCAGCAUGUUGGACAAGGCAGACUAUCAUUGCAGGCUUCCUUUAUGCUCCUUAACCGCCGUGCUCAGAGUCAUUUAAUGAUAACUUAAUACAGUCGUUAACAAUUGUUUUCGAAACAAAAUCGUCACUAAGGAACAGUUUAAGUAAUCUGGUCUAUCUCCAAAACUGGCGCUUUUCAAAUCGCCAGAGCGAUCACAUGAAUACGCCCGUUUAGGAGAUUGACCCAAUCAUUAAAUGUCUCUGACUAGAGCGGGUAGUAAAGUUCUUAAGAGAAGUUCCUUCUUCUAUUAAUUUGAGAUACUAUGAUCAGAUGUAGUUACGCCUCUGUUUCUCUCAGUAAUCCUCAACUUUAUAAAACAACAUCACCAACAUACUUCCUAACAUCACAAGUUUGUAUUUGAAAUAGUAGAAAUAAGUGAUUCAUCGAAGACUGUUAUAGAUUUAGAUAACCGAACUAUCAACACAGUAGAUUGCUAAUAAGGAUUUAUUUACUUCUUAUAUUAGUUAUUUGUAUGAUUAUGUAGUUUUGUGAUAUAAGUUUUUAAACUGACAUGGUCACUAUUACUAUAAUUAGAACUUAAAACGGGAUAUUUACCAUGUUUAUUUGUUUUAACGAGUUUCCAAUAUUUCGGCAGUGUUGCAAGCGCCAUGAUCACGGAUGAAGUGUAGUAUAUGCGGGUGGAUGUUUAAGAGCAAACAAAUGCGAGGAAACUCGCUAAAACAAAUAAACAUGGUGAAUAUUCUGUUCUAAGUUCUAAUUAUGGUUUGUAGUUUGGUCCUAAUUACGCCAUACUUGUGUGGAGUAAAGAUAGCCAAAUCCAAAGUAAAAAAUAAUGCUCGAAGUUUUAUCCUUAAGGUACUUUUCCAGCACGCUUGCCAAGGCUUCAUUUUCACGCUUCAAUGCGUCCACAAGCACAAGCGUGUAAAGAGGGCGUUUGGCUGGGCUUGCAUGAGCUUGUGGACGCUUGUACAGGAUCCAGUCUAGUGUCGGUUUUUGGAUACAGAAGGGCGCUUGCAUGGAUGUACAUAGCAUAGUGACGCAUUUACAAGUGUGUGUAAACGACUUCCAAAAUGUCAACAAUGCGAUGUUGUUGACGUUUGGGGCUUGUGGAUGCUUGUCGAGCCUUGGAUUCAAGGAAACGUACCUUAAAACAAUUUGUUUGGUCAUCUGACUAAGUAAUGGCCGAUCUUAAUCCAAAAUCUCCGAAUAGAUUUGAGUUUUUGUCAAAAAUCGAUCUUAAAAGGAGAUUUUGGUUCAUUUGGGAUUGAGAUCGUUAAUAAUUUGGGUCAUUAGUUGAACUGGACUACAGGAUGAAUGAUCUCUAUUUCGUUUUGGACCUGAUUCCGUGAAUCUUUUGAGUUUUGCAUAUGUACCUAUACAAUGUACUUGUUUUGUACUUAUGUAUAAAACUGUUUAAAAAUUUAAAUAUUUUUAAAGAACAUAAUAUCUAAAUACGUAAUCUUGUUAAAUAAUGCAUAAAAUGUAUAAAAGUAAAACGAAACGCAAACAAUUAAACUAAUUCGGUACCUUACAAAAUAUUAUUCUACAACAUUGUAUAUUUACGAUAGGAGUUAAGACUUUUUAUAUAUUUAUAUGAACAUCACAAUAUACACACAAUUUAUAAUUAAUAUAUUACGUAGUAUGACUUGUAUCACAUUGUAUAGAAUAUAUUUACUUAUAUAAAAUGUAUUUUACAUAUAUUAAACAGCAAAAAGGUUUGUAAACUGACAUGGUCACUAACAAUAUCAUUAAAACUUAAAACGGGAUAUUUAGCAAGUUUACAACUUAUAAAAAUACUUUUUACAAAAAAAUAAACCGACUUCACUAAAAAAGUUAAAAAUAACUUUA